AGACCAUAUAGUUGCACUUUAUCAAUAAUCGCAGGGAUUGCCACUACGUCACCGUGGUCUAGUUUUCUCCUUUCUGGGGAUCGGAUUUUAGCGCAUUCCCGAGAUCGGAGCUUCUUUCACCAUCCGCUUACAACACAACAUUAUCUUGCAAUUUCAACCAUCUUGAAUUUCUCCCAAUAUUUACCUCAAGAUGUCAACCAUAGAGCUUGGAGAUUCAAUUCCAUCCCUCACACCCCAUGCUGUGAGUGUGUCUCUGCCAACAUGGAGGGAUAAUGUGGGUUACGAGGAGGGCGACAAGCGCGUCUUAGACAAACUUCCAACGGGUUAUCCACGAUUCUUCAUCCACAAACUCAUUGUGGCUUUUGCGGAUGACAUUGUCGCUAAAUAUGGAACCCCGGAUCAGACGGCUAUGCUGUUUCCAUUUAGCAAGAUCUCUCAAAGAUGUCUUGACUUCAUCAAGGCCAAAGCCGAGUCUGGCUUUGCUGGAGACAUCAAGAUCAUCAAUCUGUUCCUCGAUAAGAGCAAAGAGGUGUCGGACAUGAUUGCGAAGGUCUCACCCUCGGUAUCGGCUGUGAUCUUCCACAAAGAUCUCUUCCCCAUCGCGAAGCAAUACUGGCAGCAUUCCGGUGAUGGUAUCUCAAGCCGACAGGCUGAAUUUUGCCACGCACUCUUCUUGGAUGGCAAGUUGAUCAAUCCCGCGCCUCCGCAACCCACGGUAAAUCAAAAAAGAGGCCCGAAGAGAUACCAAAGAGGAUCUGGAUUUCAGACUCCCCCAAGAGAGAGCAAAGCUACCUCGGAAAAUGUUGGAGUCUCUCAGCUAUCUUCUAAGACCGAUGCAGCAGAAAGGGAAAGUACGCAGUUCCUGGAGGAGCGUUUCGGCCGAAAUCUGGAUAUAUCGUUUGUCGACAAUGCCAAGGUAGCGAUCCGUCGGCGCGUAGCUGGCUCCUUGGUGGACGAAGUGGACCUUGCAGUCGAACCAAGGCCCAAUACGGCCUCAAACACACGAGGAGUGACGGGUCUUUCCGACAACGACGUUUAUCUCUACCCCUGCGGAAUGAACUCCAUCUUCAACACACACCGCAUGAUGCUCAAGUGCAAGGGUCAACUGAAGAGUAUAUCGUUUGGGUUUCCCUAUGUGGAUACCCUCAAGAUUCUGGAAAAGUUUGGCCCCGGAUGUCUGUUCUACGGAAAUGGCUCAUCAGAAGACUUGGAUGACUUGGAAGCUCGCCUGAAGGCUGGCGAACGAUACCUGGCCCUCUUCUGCGAAUUUCCCGGAAAUCCCAUGCUAGCCUGCCCCGACCUCAAGCGAAUCAAAAAGUUGGCCGACACCUAUGACUUCGGCGUGGUCGUUGACGAGACGAUUGGAAACUCGAUCAACGUCCAAGUCCUUCCACAUGCAGACGUGGUUGUGAGCAGUCUCACUAAGAUUUUCUCGGGCGACUGCAAUGUGAUGGGCGGGAGCGCUAUCUUAAAUCCCGAAGGAAAAUACUACCAGGCCUUGAAGAACGCUUUCGACGCCGAUUACGAAGACACCUGUUGGGUCGAAGACAUUAUGUUCAUGGAGCGCAAUAGCCGGGACUUUGUGAACCGAAUUAGGGAAAUCAACCACAACGCCGAAGCCAUCUGCGAUGUCCUUCACGCCCACCCUCUUGUCAAGGAAGUCUACUAUCCCAAGUAUGGUCCUAGCAACCAGUUCUAUGAGGAUUGCCGAACCCCAACAGGCGGAUAUGGUGGCCUGCUAUCUUUCACUUUCCAUCAGAAAAAGCACGCGAUUGCAUUUUACGAUCGCAUCGAGACUGCGAAAGGACCCAGUCUCGGUACAAACUUUACCUUGGUGUCACCCUAUGUUAUCCUAGCGCACUAUUGGGAGUUGGACUGGGCUGCAGGGUUUGGGGUGCCAGCGGAUCUGCUUCGUGUUAGCGUUGGUAUCGAGAAUUCGGAAGACCUGAAGGCACGGUUUGCAGUUGCAUUGCAAGCUGCUGAAGCAGUUGAUUCUUGAAAGAUCUCAGGUCUAUGUUAGAGGUGGAACCAGGGCCAUGGAAAUUGUCUAACGUACUACUUAGAGAGCGUUUCUAUAUUCUCAUUGUUUAAAACAGUAGUUCUUGCAGUGAGCCAUCAAGUUCCAGUUCAAAGUUC